UCAACUUGCCGCGGGGGGAGAGUGUCAGUGACUCAGUAGAGAGAGAGGGGGGCAGCGGAAGAAUGGGGCGGUGGUGGCCGCCGACGUCGGCGGCGGCCGCGACGGCGGAGCCGCGGUCGGUGCAGCUGCUGCUGCUGGGCGUCGCCCUCGUCGCUGCCUCCUUCUACGCCGGCACCGUCUUCCGCUCCCCCUCCGCCCCCGCGCUCUUACUGCCCCCAUCCGCCUCCCGAUCGCCCGAUCCUUCCAGAACCCCAGGUGCUCCAAAGUUUACAAACAGAGUCUCUCUUUCUUAUCGAACAAAACCAAUCUCAGUUCCAGAUUAUGGAGUUGAUGUUUGUCCUUUGAAAUACAACGAGUAUAUUCCCUGUCACGACGCAUCCUAUAUAAGCCAAUUAAAGAAACUGGAUAGAUCUAGGCAUGAGGAUCUUGAAAGUAUUUGCCCACCACAAGAGAAACGCUUGUUCUGUUUGGUGCCCCCACCAAAUGACUACAAGAUACCUAUAAGAUGGCCAACAAGUCGGGACUAUGUUUGGCGUAGUAACGUCAACCAUUCACGCCUUGCUGAGGUAAAAGGAGGACAGAACUGGGUGCACGAGAAGGGUAAGCUUUGGUGGUUUCCUGGAGGUGGUACUCACUUCAAGCAUGGUGCAUCAGAGUAUAUAGAGAGGCUAGGGAAUAUGACAACAAACAGUACUGGUGAUCUCCGCUCGGCAGGAGUGGUCCAAGUUUUGGAUGUUGGAUGUGGUGUUGCGAGCUUUUCUGCUUACCUUCUUCCCCUAGACAUUCAUACUAUGUCAUUUGCUCCAAAAGAUGGCCAUGAGAAUCAAAUCCAGUUUGCUCUAGAACGUGGGAUUGGUGCAAUGAUCUCUGUGUUGGCCACCAAGCAAUUACCUUAUCCUGAAAAUGCAUUUGAAAUGGUUCAUUGUUCCCGUUGUCGUGUUGACUGGCAUGAAAAUGAUGGAAUAUUGCUGAAAGAGGUAGAUCGUCUUCUGCGGCCCAAUGGAUAUUUUGUAUACUCUGCUCCACCAGCUUAUAGAAAAGAUAAGGACUUUCCUGUUAUCUGGGAGAAGUUAAUGAAUAUAACAACAUCAAUGUGCUGGAAGCUUAUUGCUAAACAUGUUCAGACCGCCAUAUGGAUCAAGCCUGAAGAUCAAUCCUGCCGACAGAAAAAUGCUGAUACGAAACUACUGAAUAUCUGUGACUCGUAUGAUAAUUCUCCACCUUCAUGGAAAAUUCCAUUGAUGAACUGUGUGAGAUUGAACAAAGACCAGUCAAAUAUGCAGAAACUGCCUUCCAGACCUGACCGCCUAUCAUUUUAUUCCAGGAGUUUGGAGAUGAUAGGAGUUACUCCAGAGAAGUUCGCAAAGAAUAACAAGUUCUGGAGGGACCAGGUUAGCAUGUAUUGGUCAUUUCUUGGUGUUGAGAAGACUAGCAUCCGAAAUGUCAUGGACAUGAAUGCUAAUAUUGGUGGAUUUGCUGUGGCACUAAGCAAUGAUCCUGUCUGGAUUAUGAAUGUAGUACCCCAUACAAUGAGCAACACAUUGCCUGUUAUCUAUGAUCGUGGGUUAAUCGGUUCUUACCAUGACUGGUGCGAGCCAUUCUCAACAUAUCCUAGGACAUAUGAUUUGCUGCAUGCUUUCCACAUCUUUUCUCAUUACCAAAGUCGGAAGGAAGACUGUUCAUUGGAAGAUAUCAUGCUAGAAAUGGACCGUAUCAUUCGCCCCGAGGGUUUUAUCAUUAUUAGAGAUGAGAAUGCCAUCUUGUCAGGAAUCAAUGAUCUUGCACCAAAGUUCCUUUGGGAUGUCACCACACAUAUGUUGGAAAAUGAGGAAAGCAAGCCGGAGAAAGUCUUGGUUUGCAGGAAGAAAUUCUGGUCCAUCGUUUGAGUGAGCGGAUACUAUUCAGGCCAGUUCUUUCCAGAUGAGUGUCCUAUUAUUGAAAAAGCAGAUGUCAUUCGGCAAAAGGAACACAGAAAAAUACAUGGAAAAGAAAAGAGGACAACACCGGGUUUCCUUCAGCAACUAUUUAGAUUCGUAUUUCAGUGCUUGAGUAUAUGUCGAUUUUUCUGACUUUAAAAAGGGCAGACCAAAGGUGUAAAGAUGCAAGAUGACUUUUUCACUUGUUUGAUGACGAUGCUAGUAUGUGUUAUGUACUUUCUAAUUUCUAACUAGUCUAAGUUAACCUAGGUGUUUUAGCAAAAUUUUGCUGGUGUUUCUGUUCUUGUAUGGGAGCACAUGUGGUACUACUACGACUGAACGGCAUGAAGGCUAAAUUUACAGUGGACUUUGAGGGAUAAUUAUUUCAUUAUCUGUUUAAUUUGAUUUAUUAUCCUA